AUGAAGUCGUUCUCGAGCUCUGCGAUCAAUAAGUCGGGCAAGAAAUUUGCGCCGAAGGCGCCUGUUCGUCGCGCACCUGCCGCGCCUGCGCGACGGCCCAGUGCAAUUCAACAGGCACAGGCACAGGCUGCCCAGGCUUCCCAGGCAGCUGCACAAGACAAGGAAAAAUCAAAUGCGACCUCCGCGGUAACACCGGUUCCCCCACCUUCCGUCUCCCCGGCCGCACCAGAGCAAGCAACCGUCGAAACACCCUUUACCGCGUCCCAGCCUGCAGAGACAGUGCAAAGCGUACCGAAACCAGCCACAUCUAUCUCAAUCCCACGUCCAAAGAACAAAGCCCCCCAGGUCGCAACCCCCAUUACAACUCCUGUACAAACUCCUGAUUUAACACCUGCAUUCGCUGCACCAACCCCGCCCUCUACAGCAGACGGAUCGACAUCUCCCCGCACUCUCACUUCCGAACACAUUAUUGUGCAGUCAAUUGAGAAUGAUGUUGAGCAUGCUGUUGCCAGCCGAGUCGCAUUGGAAGCCGCACGCUCUACUGAUUCCGAGACCGUGGGACCCUCUACCCAAGACUCGGGGGCUGAACCCCAAGAACAACGUCGCAUCUCAUUGAAAGGAGCAAGGAAAACCUCGGAAAUCACCAAGUCUAGGGCCCAGCCACGCCCUAGGGGACCUAUCGUAACUCCCCCAACUACUCAGCGUACCAGUGAAACACCCGUGACUUCCGUGGCGCCCUCCUUGGCACUUUCAACUCCAGAUCCGAGUCAAGCGUCCGCGAAAGGAAAACGGAAAGCAUCCAAAGCAGGAACUUCGGAUGUUGAUGGAUCCGAGAAACCGAAGAAGAUUCGUCGACGAAAACGUGAAGUUACACCCGAAGGUGCAGACACGGUAGAAAUCCUACCGAAUGUUAUCAAGAUGUCAGAACUCUGCAAGGAUUUGAAGACUGGCAAAAAGUCGAAUCGUGAGAUUGCACUGCGUCGAAUUGAACUAGAGGAGCAUGAGCGGAAGUUGAAGGCAAAGGAUGGGACGCCUGGAACGCCUGGAACGCCCGGGGCCUCUAAAGCAGGCGAGGCUAGCAAAGAAAAAGCCGAUCCACCCGGGGCCAGUGAAAGAGCAAAUGGUCCCGUGAUGCGAAUCGUCAAUGGUGAGAUUGUGCUUGAUGCGGCCUCGCUUCAGGUGGAUCGCCAUGCGGAUGCAGCUCGAGACGCCGGUGACAUGGACGUCGUGGAGGAAAACCAACUCACCAGGAAGAUCAACCAGGCCACAUAUGGCAAACGGUCCAAAACGGAAACCUGGGAUGAGGAGAUGACCGAUUUGUUCUACCGUGGUCUACGCAUGUUCGGAACAGACUUUAUGGUCAUCAGCAAGCUGUUCCCUGGGCGAAGCCGUCGGCAAAUUAAGCUCAAGUUCAAUAACGAAGAGCGCAAGGAUCCUCAACGGAUCAAAGACACAUUGCUUGGCCCCAGUGAGGCCAUUGAUAUCCAAGAAUACUCACUGAUGACCAACAAAACAUACGAUGAUCCCAAGCUCAUCCAGAAAGAACUGGACGAAGAGAAGGCAAAGAUUGAGGAACAGCAUGAAAAGGAAAAAAAGCUUCAGGAAGACAUGAUUCGAAAUCCUACCGCUGGUGCCGAUGGGGACGCUGCUGAUGCGAAAGCCAACUCUGCGCCCACUAAGGGUAAAGGACGCAACAACAAAAAGCAGAUCAAGAACGCCGGUGGUGGAACAGAGGAGGUGCUGGGAUCUAUCGAUGGAUAG